AUGAGCCAGGGCGGCCAGGAUGCGAAGCUCUUCGCGAGGGGCAAGGUCGCCGAACUCCGCCUCGAGCUCAACAGCGGCGGCAAGAAGGACAAGAAUUUCUCGGCAAAGAAGACGGCCCUCAAGAAGAUUGUCGCAAACAUGACAAUGAGCAACAACGACAUGGUCGCCCUCUUCCCAGACAUUGUUGGCUGCAUGCACAUACCCAGCUUGGAAAUCAAGAAGAUGCGCGAGGACAUGAACGACAGUAAUCCCCUCGUGCGCGCCCUUGCCCUACGCACAAUGUCCUACGUCCAUGUCCGCGAAUUUGUCGAAGCCACUGUUCCCCACCUCAAGAACCUUCUCAAAGACGCCGACCCUUAUGUGCGAAAAACCGCCGCCUUUUGCGUCGCUAAACUCUACGACCACGACCGACAUCUGGUCGAGCAGUCGGACCUCAUCGAUAGGCUCAAUGGCAUGCUGAGAGACGAGAACCCCACCGUAGUGUCCAGUGCACUCGCCAGCCUCAUGGACAUUUGGGAACGAAGCGAGAAUAUCAAGCUCACCAUCGACUAUGCCAGCGCCUCCAAGAUUGUCUCCAUCUUGCCAGACUGCUCUGAAUGGGGCCAGACAUAUAUCCUCGAAGCCAUGAUGAACUAUGUUCCUCAAGACAAUAGCGAAGCCGCUAUCCUCGCCGAACGUAUUUCUCCUCGCCUUUCGCAUUCGAAUUCCGCCGUCGUCCUUACCUGCAUCCGCGUUAUCCUUUACCUAAUGAACUAUAUAUCCGACCAAAAGGUCAUCACUUCUUUGUGUAACAAGCUUUCCCCACCUCUCGUCACCCUUCUUUCUAAGGGUCCCGAGAUUCAGUACCUGGCCCUUCGCAAUGCACUUCUUAUUCUACAACGCCGACCAGAGGUUUUGCGCAACGAUAUCCGCGUUUUCUUCUGUAAAUACAACGACCCAAUUUAUGUCAAGGUUACCAAGCUCGAGCUCAUCUUUAUGCUGGCCACUGAACGCAACAUCAAGGAGGUGCUGACUGAGCUGGCAGAAUAUGCCACUGAAAUCGAUGUCGAUUUUGUCCGAAAAUCCGUCCGUGCCAUCGGAAAGCUCGCCAUCAAGAUCGCUCCAGCAGCCCAGCUCUGCAUCAGCACUCUUCUCUCACUUGUCAGUACAAAGGUAUCGUACAUUGUGCAAGAAGCGACGGUUGUCAUCCGAAACAUCUUCCGCAAAUAUCCCAACCAAUAUGAGUCCAUCAUCUCGACACUAUGCGAGAACCUCGACUCGCUUGAUGAACCCGAAGCAAAGGCCGCCAUGAUCUGGGUGAUUGGUGAGUAUGCAGACCGAAUAGAAGACUCUGACGUUCUUCUUGAGGAUUUCUUGGACACGUUCCAAGAAGAAACACACGAGGUGCAGUUGGCUCUUCUCACCGCCACAGUCAAGUUGUUUAUCCAGAGACCUACUCGAGGAUCGGCCAUUGUGCCCAAGGUGCUCAAGUGGGCAACGGAAGAAACGGACAAUCCGGACUUACGGGACCGAGGCUAUAUGUAUUGGCGUCUUCUUUCUUCGGCACCCGAGGAAGCGAAAAAGGUGGUCAUGGGGGAGAAGCCUCCGAUUACAGCCGAAGAGUCUGAGAAACUGGACCCUGGCACUUUGGAGGAAAUGUGUCUUAAUGUGGGGACACUGGCAACCGUCUACCUCAAGCCGGUGAACCAAGUGUUCCGCAGCGCACGGCCGCGAAAACUCCAGGAUUCGCCGGCUUUGCAAAAGGAAGAGCUGCCAACGUUCAAGGCAGCUCAACAAGCCCGGGAGCGCUCUGCGGCCGAGCGAACUAGGCUGGACGUGACGACGAAUGGCAAUGGCAGUCUCAGCCCCAGCAACGGCAACGGUAUGGCAGGUGCUGUGAAUGAAGCUGACAUGUACUUUGCGAGUGUGGGCCGACAGAGCUCAUUUGGCGGAAGUCCAAUUACUGCGGAUCCAGUUGGGGGGAUUGGAGGGGGAUGGGUAGUUAAUCAGAAUGAGCCGCAGCAUAUGGUGAUUAGCCCAGGGGUCAAUGAUGGAAAUCAAGACUUGCUGCUUUGA